GUGACUGAGGGAGAACACCAGACAGAAAUCAUGGGAGCUUUCCUCACUUUGUCCACCUCUGCUGCUGUCAUUUUCCUGGUAAUUCAUGGAGGUUUGUGUGUGGAUAUCAUUGGAGGAAAAGUAGUAAAACCACACUCGAGACCAUUUAUGGCCCUAAUCCAAGCAGCAAAUGGAGACCUUAUUUGUGGAGGAACUUUGAUCAAGGAAAACUGGGUGUUAACAGCUGCGCACUGUAAUGUGAAAGGAAGCAAAGUUAUUCUUGGAGCUCAUUCAUUAAGAGCAAAAGAAAGAGAAAAACAGUCUUUUCAGAUUGCAAAACAAAUUUGCUACCCAUUCUACCGUAAUGAUUCUAAGGAAAACGACAUUAUGCUGGUGCAGCUUCAGAGAAGAGCAAGAGUUACCAAAGCUGUGAAGUGCCUUCCCCUGCCUCGCUCAGAUGAAGAUCCCAAACCAGGAACAAUUUGCACAACAGCAGGAUGGGGAAAAACUCGCAAUGGUCUGGAAAACUCUUCUGAUACCCUGAGGGAGGUUAAUAUCACUGUCAUCAGUAGGCAAACCUGCAAUGACAAAAAUCAUUAUAAAAAGAACCCUGUUAUAACAAACAACAUGAUAUGCGCAGGGGAUAAGAAAGGAGGAAAGGACUCAUGUAAUGGGGAUUCUGGUGGACCUUUAAUAUGCAAUAACGUGAUAAGAGGCAUCACUGCUUUUGGGAAGGACAAGAAGUGUGGCGCUGUUGAUGGCCCUGGUAUCUACACUCGACUUACAAAGCAAUACCUGCAGUGGAUAAGGAAAACCAUAGGGGGAGCCUAAUAGAUUGGGUUUUGAACAAGUGAUUUCCUACCUUGUACUUGUGUAACAAUAUCUAGUUUUGAAAUAUGCUUUUAAAAAAUAGCCUCAUUAUACUGGUAAAAGAGGUAUUCCCACGCUGAAUUUUAGCAGCUUGAUGUCCUUAUAGAUGAAAAUAUAUGUGUCUGUUUUCAGGGCAGAUGUGAUCUUAACAGGGCCAGAACACAGUGCUCUGCUACAACAGCAUUUGUAGCUUAUACUGUCAGCCAUGGAGUCAUUCGAAGGGUAUUUGUGACUCAAGCUUCCAACAUUCUUGCACUGCAUAUUUGGACAGUAUUUCUGAUCAAGAAUCUAAUCCAGCUGUUUCUGUCCUCGCUGCAUGCUAGGCAUAUACUGCAUUCUUCUCUAUCUAGACUUCUGCAAAUAACCCUGAAAGUUAGGGAGAUGCUAGGUACAACUCCAGACACCUGAAAAACUUGGUAGUUUCUCUGCAGCAAAGCUCCUGAUUUCACAGGUGCAGGGGACUGCUAAGCUUCAGAAAAUUAAGUUUCAACAACUGCAUUUGAAUGUGGGACAUAAUAAGUGUGCAUUUCCUAGCUGACUUGUAUUUGAAACGUCUAGAUUUCAUCCCUUUAUGUACUUUGCAUUUAAUAAAGA